UCUGGGCUCAGUGCGCAUUAUUCCUCCACCAGCUGAGGAGGAAGAAGACAGAGAGAGAGAACGAAAGAACGAAGACCAAAAGCUGUUUACAACCCAUGUAAAUAUUCGUCACGUUUUCGACCAGCUCUACGCUGACGGCAUCCUGGAAGACGUGGCCAAGUGAGCUCCGCCAGUUGAAGUAAAACACUUCUAUGGCGCUUCCGGAGUCGUUAAUUCAUUCAGUGGGCUCUCUCAGCUAGCAACGUCGUACGGUUUGUAACUCAUACCAUGUAAAUGGAAUGUAAACUCUAGCCUUUACUAGACCAGAGGCCUGAGACGUCUUCCCCAAAAUACCCCCUGUGCUUCACGUUGGAUUAUCUAAAACUAAAUACACAAGCCAAAUACAAAUUCACCCAACAGAUGGUGGAUGCAUUGUUUCCUUCCAGAAAGACAGCAAACCAAAGGAUUAAAAGGUUUCUCGUUUUUGCAUAACUUUGCACCUUUGUUCAAGUAAACACCUUUUUUCAUAGUUGUACCUUUGUAUUGGUUUGAACUGUACCAAUAAGCAUUUAAACAUGGGGCCAUCAAUGGAGAUAGCAGACAUUGCAGUCGUUGCACUGUAUUUUGUCCUUGUUCUUGGCAUUGGAUUUUUUGCCAUGUGGAAGGCCAACCGAAGUACUGUAAGUGGCUACUUCCUGGCUGGACGAACUAUGAACUGGGUGGUGAUUGGAGCGUCGCUGUUUGUCAGCAAUAUUGGCAGCGAGCACUUCAUCGGCCUGGCUGGCUCGGGUGCAGCAAGUGGUUUUGCUGUUGGUGCCUGGGAGUUCAAUGCUCUCCUCCUCCUUCAGCUCCUGGGCUGGGUGUUCAUCCCAGUCUAUAUCCACUCUGGUGUCUACACCAUGCCAGAGUACCUUUCCAAGCGCUACGGGGGUAAAAGGCUAAAAGUUUAUUUUGCUGCUCUUUCUCUUUUGCUGUACAUCUUCACCAAACUCUCAGUGGACUUGUAUGCAGGGGCACUCUUUAUCCAAGAGUCCUUAGGCUGGAAUCUCUACCUGUCAAUCAUCCUGCUUAUCACCAUGACAGCCCUGCUGACAAUAACAGGUGGUCUGGUUGCUGUGAUCUACACUGACACUCUUCAAGCAGUGCUCAUGAUCGGUGGAGCUUUGAGCCUCACAGUCAUCAGCCUGGUCAAGGUAGGUGGACUGGAUGGUGUUCGAGAAAAGUACAUGGAAGCCAUUCCAAAUGUCACUGCCAUCCUCGCCAGCCACAACUACAGUUUUCCCUACACAAAUUCUUGUCGCAUAUACCCAAAGUCGGAUUCACUUAAACUCUUAAGAGGUCCCCUCGAUGAGGACAUUCCUUGGCCAGGGUUCCUGUUAGGCCAGACUCCUGCAUCCAUCUGGUACUGGUGUGCUGACCAGGUCAUAGUUCAGAGGGUACUUGCUGCUAAGAACAUUGCUCAUGCCAAGGGCUCCACUCUUAUGGCAGGAUUGCUGAAAAUUCUGCCUAUGUUCAUCAUUGUCAUUCCAGGAAUGAUCUCACGGAUAAUGUUUCCAGAUGAGCUUGCCUGUAUCGGCCCAGAGCACUGCAUGGCUGUGUGCGGCAGCCAAGCUGGCUGCUCUAACAUUGCCUACCCACGACUGGUCAUGAGCAUAAUGCCAGUGGGCCUGCGGGGACUGAUGAUGGCUGUUAUGAUUGCUGCACUUAUGAGUGACCUAGACUCUAUAUUCAACAGUGCCAGCACCAUCUUCACUCUGGACAUCUACAAAAUGGUGCGGACUUGUGCCUCCUCCCGUGAGCUGGUUGUGGUGGGAAGACUCUUUGUGAUCUUUAUGGUGACCAUCAGCAUUGCUUGGGUGCCCGUCAUCAUUGAGAUGCAAGGUGGCCAGAUGUACUUGUACAUCCAGGAAAUGGCGGGAUAUCUGACACCACCCAUCGCUGCUCUUUUCCUUCUCGGUGUCUUCUGGAAGCGCUGCAAUGAGACCGGUGCCUUCUGGGGUGGCAUGACUGGCUUCGUUCUGGGUACGACACGUCUUAUUCUUGGUUUCGUCUAUCGCGAACCUCGAUGCAACCAAACAGAUGAGAGGCCAGCUUUCAUCGCGCAUGUCCACUAUAUGUACAUAGCUGCUGGGCUCUUCUGGGUCUCUGGGCUGGUGGCUGUAGUGGUCAGUCUUUGCACCCCUCCCCCAACUAAGGAGAAGGUUCAGCGCACCACUGUGUGGGGACUACGCAGCGUGGAAAAGCUACCAGUGACAGAACGGGAGGAAACAUACAAGUUGACCAGUAAGAGCCCUGUCCACUGCAAUGGCAACAGCAUGCUCCAGAAAGACCUGCCUCUGGACGUCCAGAAAGAGCGAUGUCUUGAUGGCGCUGAUCUAAAACUCCUCAUGCCUUCCCCUUGUGACCAGGAUCCUGUGACUCCUAGCACAGUUGCACCCACCCCAUUGGAGGCGUAUAGCAACGGGCAUGCAGAGCUGGUAGGGCGUAAGGAUGAUGGGAGCAGGCAGUUUGAGAAGGUCGUGUGUCUGCGCCUCUUUAAUUGGAUCUGUGGGUACAAAGAACAAGCUGCAACUCCUGCACCCAAAGCCACUGAAGAAGAUGAACGGAUUGUCAUGGAGAUGCUUUAUGAGCCCCCGAAAAUCAAGCUUCUGUUGAACUUUGGCCUGAUAAUAGUCUGUUCUCUUGGUCUCUUCAUGUUUGUCUACUUCUCCCUGUAACCUGGUAUUCAUCAUAUCUAUUGGACAGUGUGAACGGCAGUACGUGUGUAUGAUCUGUUUGUUAUUACAAAAUCUACAACCCCAUUUCCAAGAAAAUUGGGACACUGUGCAAAAUGUAAAUAAAAACAAAAUGCAAUGAUGUGCAAAUCAUUUAAACCCUACAUUUCAUUG